UUACAACAAAGAGCCUUGACCCAAAUGAUCCCAACAGUAACAUCCUUUGACGUUUGCAUUACCUCAACUCCACGUUGCCGUCACGGAUACACCCAACUCCAUAAAUAAGAGUGCUCUGUCACUCUGAUUCCUCAGCACCAAAACCAUGGCGUCUCUACCCUCUUCCUUGUCCCCUGUACUUUUGAUACUCCUGCUGUCAGCUUCAUUCGCAGCUUCAGCUUCAACUAUUCAAGAACAAUUCAUCCAAUGCCUCUCUGUUAAUUCUCAAAAUAUUUCCAUUCCACUUGCCACAGCCUUUUUCACCCAAAACAAUUCUUCCUUUCCCACUGUUCUUGAAUCCACUGCACAAAAUCUCAGAUACUUGGUCCCUUCAGCGCCGAAGCCUGAGUUCAUCUUCUUGCCGGUGCAUGAAUCCCACGUCCAAGCGUCGGUGAUUUGUUCCAAGCAGCUCCGAAUACACCUCAGAGUCCGAAGCGGAGGCCACGACUAUGAAGGGCUCUCUUACGUUUCCCAAAUCGAAUCGCCUUUCAUUGUUCUUGAUCUUGCCAAGCUUCGAUCCAUAAACGUUGAUUUACAAGACAACACUGCUUGGGUUCAGGCCGGCGCAACAAUUGGUGAAGUUUACUACAGAGUCUCUGAGAAAAGCCAAACACAUGGCUUCCCGGCCGGCCUCUGCACCAGCUUAGGCGUCGGCGGGCACAUUACCGGAGGCGCGUACGGACCCUUGAUGAGAAAAUACGGCCUUGGAGCCGACAAUGUUGUCGAUGCUCGGAUUGUCGACGUUAAUGGCAGAAUUCUAGACCGGGAAGCCAUGGGAGAAGAUCACUUUUGGGCAAUUAGAGGCGGUGGAGGAGGAAGCUUCGGAAUCAUUCUUUGGUGGAAGAUAAAGCUGGUCUCUGUUCCCCCAACCGUGACAGUUUUUACCGUUACCAAAACCUUAGAACAAGGCGCAACAAAGACCCUCUAUAAAUGGCAGCAGGUUGCCGACAAGCUCGACGAGAAUCUCUUCAUAAGAGUCAUCCUCCAACCGGCAAGCGCCGGCGCCGGAGCCGGAGCCAAAGGCGGAAGAACUGUAACAACUUCGUACAAUGCUCUGUUUCUUGGUGGCGCCGACAAGCUCCUUCAAGUCAUGCAAGAAAGCUUCCCGGAGCUGGGUUUGACGAAAGAAGAUUGCACAGAAACAAGCUGGAUCAAAGCCGUGCUUUAUAUCGCCGGGUUCCCAAGCGGAACUCCGCCGGAAGUUCUGCUCAAAGGGAAGUCGACAUUCAAGAACUAUUUCAAAGCAAAAUCAGACUUUGUGAAAGAACCCAUACCAGAGACGGCGCUGGAGGGGCUGUGGGAAAGGCUAAUGGAAGAAGAUAGCCCUUUGAUGGUGUUCAAUCCAUAUGGUGGUAUGAUGAGCAAGAUUCCAGAGUCUGCAAUUCCUUUUCCUCACAGAAAUGGAACCUUAUUCAAAAUCCAGUACCUUAGUUUGUGGAAAGAUGGAGAUACGGACAAGGCAAAGCCGCAUAUGGAUUGGAUUAGGAACCUCUACAACUACAUGGCUCCAUAUGUCUCAACACUGCCAAGGACAGCAUACGUGAAUUACAGGGAUCUUGAUUUGGGGAUGAACAACAACGGCAGCUCGGGAGAUGCAAGUGUUUGGGGCAGCAAGUAUUUCAAGGAUAACUUCAACAGAUUGGUGAGCGUGAAGACAAAAGUUGACCCUGAUAACUUCUUCAGACAUGAACAGAGCAUCCCACCUCUUGCAAAGGCACAGUGAGAAUAUGAUUGGUAGAGGGCAGUUGGGGCAGCAAAUUAAUAGAUUAGGUUUGUUUAAACUAGAGGUUAGUUGGGGCAGUAAAUGAGUGUACGGGCAGGUCGAGUUUCCUUUGUACUGAAUUAUCAGAAGGAAUAAGUGAAAACCUUUUGUCGGUUUCUUUGUUUUUUUGGGGUGGUUUUCGUCUCUUAUGUUUGUUUGAAGAUAUAAAUUACUAAAUUUGUA